GAAGAGAAUUGUGAAUGUGAAAGAGAGAGAGGGGGGUAAUGUGAUGGUGUUUUCCUCCUGCGUGCAUCAGUGAGGGAGAGGGGAGUGUGAUGGUGGUGUUUUCCUCCUGCAUGCAUCAGUAAGAUGUGAAGAUGGCGGAGCUGCAGAUGCUGUUGGAAGAGGAGAUUCCUGCUGGUCGAGGAGCUCUGCUGGACAGCUACGCCAACCUAGAGAGAGUCGCCGAGUACUGCGAGAGCAACUACAUACAGUCUCCAGAUAAGCACAGAGCUCUAGAAGAAACUAAAAGCUACACCACUCAGUCUUUGGCCAGCGUAGCAUAUCUGAUCAACACUCUCGCCAAUAAUGUGCUCCAGAUGCUGGAUAUACAGGCGUCUCAGCUACGCCGCAUGGAGUCGUCCAUCAACCACAUCUCACAGACGGUGGACAUCCAUAAAGAGAAGGUGGCCAGGCGAGAAAUUGGCAUCCUCACCACCAAUAAGAACACUUCCCGCACACACAAGAUCAUUGCACCAGCCAAUCCUGAGAGGCCUGUGCGCUACAUCCGCAAGCCCAUUGACUACAGUCUGCUGGAUGACGUAGGCCAUGGCGUAAAGUGGUUACUAAGGUUUAAGGUCAAUGCCCAGAAUAUGAAAGCGGGUACAACUCCACGCACAGCCGCCCCGACCCAGAAACCACCCAGCCCUCCCGGCCCGGGCAAAGGAACCCUGGGGCGGCACUCCCCUUACCGGACGCUCGAGCCUGUGCGUCCACCUGUCGUCCCUAACGACUAUGUGCAGAGUCCAACACGAAACACCGCACCACCCCUGCAGAGCCCGGCUAGAACUGCAUCCGUUAAUCAGAGGACCCGCACGUACAGCAGUGGCAGCAGCGGCGGCAGUCAUCCCAGCAGUCGCAGUAGCAGCAGAGAGAACAGUGGGAGUGGAAGCGUGGGCGUGCCCAUCGCCGUGCCAACCCCUGCCCCGCCCACCGCCUUUCCUGGUACAGCACCUGCCCCUCCCAACCCUCCCAAACCCCCUCCGAGCGUUACUAUCCCUGCCCCUCCAGUACCUCCGCCACCUCCCACCCCGGAGCCAGUGCCCCCUGCCCCUGCCCCGACCCCUGCUCUGCCAGCAGAGGGCCCUCCCGAAAUACCACCACCCCCACAGCUGCCCCCCAACCUCCCCGUUAGCACCAACACCAACCCUGCCGCUGCAACUAGCACCCCCGCUCAAGGCAAUGGUCCUCACUUUUACAGUAUGAACCGACCAAUGACGCGGCACCCCACGCCCUCAGUGGGAGGUUCCCUGCCCUAUCGCCGGCCGUCAUCAGUUACUGGACAGCCCAACAACAUGCCUCAGAACACAAAUCCAAACAUGAUCCAAAACCAGCUCAAUGGAGGGCCACACUACAACCAAAACCAAGCCCCUAUGGCCCCUCCACCCCCCUCUAUUCUCCAGAUCACCCCCCAGCUACCGCUCAUGGGCUUUGUGGCUCGGGUUCAGGAGACCAUCUCAGACGCUCCUCCACCGCCGCCUCCUGCAGAAGAGGUGGAGUUUGAGGAAGCAACCCCGCCCCCGCCGCCUCCAGAGGACUAUGAGGAUGAGGAUGGUGAUGAUGAGGAAGAGUCAGCGGUGGUGGAGUACAGUGACCCCUACGCUGAAGAAGACCCGCCAUGGGCCCCUCGCAGUUACCUGGAGAAAGUGGUGGCUAUUUACGACUACACGCGUGACAAAGAAGACGAGCUGUCCUUCCAGGAGGGGGCGAUCAUUUACGUCAUCAAGAAGAACGACGACGGCUGGUUCGAGGGUGUGAUGAGCGGCACCACGGGCCUCUUCCCUGGGAACUACGUGGAGUCCAUCAUGCAUUACGCUGACUGAGCCAGCGGGUGGUGCCACUGCUCCUCUGUCCAUCAUCUUCCUCAUUGUUUUGAGUGCGCACAUACACACAAACACAAAUGAAUUCAGCUACACUACGUCAUGCACAAGCUUGUUGCGGACAAACAGACUGAGAACUUGCGGUGAAGAAACUGCGGUGGAAAAAAACUGUUCAGAUGUGUAAGAUAACUACAUUAGGAACAUUUAUUCCUCUCUUAAUUUCAGUCUCUUAGAAACAUGUAUCAGAAAAGUGUUGGUUUGCUUGACUUGUGUUGAUAGUGAUCGCUUUGCUUUCGCUCCUAUCCGUCUCUACUCUGGAGGAAUGGGUUUGACUAGCAGAAGGACAGUUGUACGGCCAUCUCGGAUGUGCAUGUUCCUUUUACAUCACCUCUUAACUGUGUGCUGUCCACUGACCAGCAACUGACAGAAAAAGCUUUUGCCAAGAAUGACAGAACAGGGAUUUUAUGCAUAUUGUGGUGCCAGGUAAUAGAGAGAGAGAGACGCAAGUAUUCAGGUGGGCUUCUUUUCUUCAGUUUUUCAUUGCGUUGGGAGUUGAGUUUCUUUUAAACCGUUACAUUCUGAGUGCAGUUCAGUUUGAUAUGUUUAGCAGGAGGAUAUACCAAAGGAUUUCAGUGGCGUUUGGGAUCACGAACAGGACCGACUACAACCUUAAAAUACUUCUUUUUCACCAUUCCUUUACAUUCAUUUCUUUCCGACGAGAUUUUAUUGCUUGAAAUAUUUGCAAGUAUGUGUAUUCUUUGUAUGUAUGAUAAAAAGUAAAAAAACAAAAACAAAAAAAAAAACACUAUUAAAUUGUUCAGGAAGUUUGUGCCAUAAAGAAAUGUUCGUAGAUGGUCAUAUUUUCGGAUCUGAGAGGUUGUUUCUUGAAUCUCGGCACCGGAUGUGGUGUUCUUCAGGAAGAACAUGUGUAUUGUGAUCUUUAAACCUCCGAUUCAUCCCUUUGACCAACUGUGGACUUAAAGAUACAAGACUAUUCUAUAUGUACGUUAUAUAUUGAUUUAUAUUAUAGAAAUACUAUUGUGUUGGUGUAUGAGUGGUGUAGAGACAAGAGAACCCCAUUUAUCUGCAAUAACAAAGGCACAGUUAGACAGUCCUCAGUCGACGAGCUACAGAGAUUUUUAAAGCACAAGAGAUGCACGUGAUCUUAGGGAGAUCUUAUAAAAUGUGAAGAACUGAUUUUUGGAUGAAGAGAUACUAAAAAACAGAAACCAGCCCAAGUUUUAAAACCUCUUCGUACCCACAUGCAGAUAAUGUGGAACAAACUGUACUAAUGCACAGAGACUUUUUCUAUCGAGUACUUUGAUGUCUAUAUGUAAGUGUGUGUGAGUGCGUAUGUGAGCGUGAAACCGAUCGAUUUCACCGUUUCUGGAUCAUUGGUGACUGACUUGCUUGUCUGUGUGCAAAUCUUUAUUUUCAAUGAACGGUCUGUGGCGAGGGUGUGUGAAUUGAGUCUUGCAUGUUGAUCAUUUCUGUGAUUUUCCUGCUGAUGGAGAAUAAACUGGAUAUAUCUGGUGUACUUGCUCGUGCUUCCUCCAAGUUCAAGGGUCGUAGAAGGUUUUCUGCUGGAGCGGAUAAGAAUCAGAUGCUGUUGUGUGAGGAAUUGGAUUUGUGGUUAGAUUUGUAAUCCAGAGAUCUGCUGAAGUCCUCUUAAAUAAAGAGAAAUUAAACGGUUUUACCCUAACAUCUGUUUUAGGGUUUUAUAUUAAGUGAAAUUAAAAGUGAUAUAUAUAUUUAAAAAAAGUCUUUAAAAAUUACACUUUAAAUAAAAAUCUAAACAUAAUUGAGAAUUUUUUUUUAUUACUAAUGCACAAUGCCAUUCCAAGGUCUAACUUUUCUGCACCUCAUUUCCAUAAAUCAGUCAGUUUAAUAUUCAGAAUAUUAAAUAUUGAACCACUUUUAUUGAAGAAAAGUAUGUAGGAAACAAUCACUUCUGUGUACAUGCACAUACGUAAAUUACUGUUUUUAAUGAAGUCUGUUAUGCUCAAAGUCUGCAUUUAUGCGCUCAAAAAUAUAGUAAAAACAGUAACAUUGUGGCAUUAUAAUUAUUAAUAAAUGGCAUUACAGUUUAAAUGUUUUGUAAUAUAAAAAAAAAAAAAAAUGUAUUCCUGUGAUGCAAAGCUGAAUUUUCAGCAUUACUCCAGUCUUCAGUGUCGCAUGAUCAUUCACAAAUCACUUUAAUAUGCUGAUUUUCUGCUCAAGAAACAUUUAUUAUCCAUGAAGACAGUUGUGAUACUUAAUAUUUAUUGCAGAAACCAAGAUAUUAAUUUCUGCUUGUCACCAAGGCAACAUUUCUCAUUUUAAUUUAGUUUACCUUAAAUGUACUAAAAUAACUAAAACUGAAAUAAAAAAUAAACUAUAUAAACAUUAAAAAAAGAAAAGGAAAAAAAAUUACGAACUCGAAAUGAGCUCGACGCAACCUAAAAUAAAAUUAAUCUGAAAAACUAAUUCAAAAUAUUAAUAAAAACUACAAUAGUAUCUCAGUGGUAAUAAAAAAAGAUUUUCUUAAGAAAAAGCUGAUAUAAAGACAAGCAAACUGAGUGGUCAAAUUUUUAUUAGUAUUAAUAUGUUUAACAUUAAAACCUUUUGGGUUAUGUGCAAAGUAUAAAUCAUUUCAACUCAUGUUGAACUGGUAGACAUUUUAGUAAAUCUCAACAAUCUUUACAGAAUUCAUCCAUCAGUCUAAACCCAAUACCUCGGCAGCCCCUAAAUGACAUAAGUUACACAUUUUAUUAGUCUGCACUUUGACAUUUGAUUUAACUUUUGGAAAUUUUCUUUUUUUUUUAAGAUUUAAAAAAUGUUUUGCAUCCUCUAGAUUUGACUUCUCUACUAUAGGAUGUUUUAGCAGUGUAUUAACUUACAGCAGAGCAAAUUCUGUCAUUUAUAACAAAAACCUAGACUAAAGUGCAACUAGUACAAAAAUCAAUUCUAUGAGCAUUUCUUUAUUAUUGGCCAUAUGUCACAAAUCUCUAGUCAAAUAUAUUUCCAGUGUAUAAUCUGGUAUCUGUGACGGUUCACAGUUUUAAACGAACACUAAACAUUUAGUGCAUCUUUUAUAGAUUUCAUUAUACAUUUAUCCUCUGCGAGUCCUUCCCUCUCCCAUGGUCAACUUGGUACUAGUUAUUUUCAUACGUUACAUCCCACACACCCUGUUGUUGGAGACUUUGAGCUCCCCGCUUAACAGAAACCCAGACACAGAAAAAGGUUUACUAAGAGAGAGAAACUGGUCCAAAUGUUCGCCUACACACAAAUGUUUCUACGCAUUAUAUUGCUCUUGGUGUUCAGUCUCUCUGCAAUAUUGAUUGUUGCUAUACAGAGAAACAAAUCUGAGAGCAGCACACACUCCCACGCACACACACACACGCACACACUAACAGGGGAAACAGGAAGAGGUUUAAUGGAAGGAGAGGAAGGGUCAGAGUGGAAUUUGUCAAAAGUGGUUUUAUCUUGUUACCCAGCUGUCUUCACCCCCCUACGGCUCACAGAUAAGCGUCUCCACCACAAACUUGUUCUCAAAGUGAAGAAUCUUGUGGCAGUUGAGAGCCUCUCGCUUCUGGAUACC